GCACCGGGGGUGCGGGGGGGGGCGCGAUGGGCUCCCCCCGGCUGGGGAAUGAAUGAAACCGGCCGGAGUCCGGGGCCAGCGCGGGAUGGGAUCGGCCCUGCAGGAGCCGCUCCGGGGCCUGGGGGAGGAGUUCUACCGCGAGGCCAUCGAGCACUGUCGCAGCUACAAUGCGCGGCUCUGCGCCGAGCGCAGCAUGCGCCUGCCGUUCCUCGACUCGCAGACCGGCGUGGCCCAGAACAACUGCUACAUCUGGAUGGAAAAGACCCACCGGGGGCCAGGCCUGGCCCCGGGGCAGAUCUACACGUACCCGGCCCGCUGCUGGCGCAAGAAACGGCGACUGAACAUCCUGGAGGAUCCACGUCUGAGGCCUUGUGAGUUCAAGAUCGACUGCGAGGCCCCCCUGAAGAAGGAGGGGGGGCUCCCAGAGGGGCCGGUGCUGGAAGCUCUGCUCUGCGCCGAGACCGGGGACAAGAAAACCGAGCUGAAGGAGGAGGAGCUGGUGCUGGAUUGUCAGAAGCAGCAGGCGGGCGAGUUCCCCCACGACCUGGAGGGCGACGACCUGGAGGACGACAUCCCCCGGCGCAAGAACAAGGCCAAGGGCAAGGCCUACGGGAUCGGGGGCAUGCGGAAGAGGCAGGACGCCACCUCGCUGGAGGACCGUGACAAGCCUUACGUCUGCGACAUCUGCGGGAAGCGCUACAAGAACCGGCCCGGGCUGAGCUAUCACUACACCCACACCCACCUGGCGGAGGAGGAGGGCGAGGAGAACGCGGAGCGACACCCCCUGCCCCUGCACCGCAAGAACAACCACAAGCAGUUUUACAAAGAGCUGAACUGGGUCCCCGAGAACCAGCGCAGACACACAGCUAAGAAAGCCCCGGACGGCUCGGUCAUUCCCAACGGUUACUGUGAUUUCUGCCUAGGGGGGGCCAAGAAAACCGGCUGCCCCGAGGACCUGAUCUCCUGCGCGGACUGCGGGCGCUCGGGUCACCCCUCGUGUCUACAGUUCACGGUGAACAUGACGGCGGCCGUGCGCACGUACCGCUGGCAGUGCAUCGAGUGCAAAUCCUGCAGCCUCUGCGGUACCUCGGAGAACGACGACCAGCUGCUCUUCUGUGACGACUGCGACCGGGGCUACCACAUGUACUGCCUGAGCCCCCCCAUGGCAGAGCCCCCCGAAGGGAGCUGGAGCUGCUACCUGUGCCUGCGGCAGCUGAAGGACAAGGCCUCGGCUUACAUCACGCUCACCUAGAGCCGCCUGCUGGGGGGGCACCGUGACCAGAGCGAGUGGGGGGACCCCCCUGACUCCAGCACCCCCGGGCGGGCAGCUCCUGUGCACCCCCCUCAGCCAAAAUCCUCCUCAAAGCCAUAACCCCAGUGGGGGGUGGGGCCAGUGCUGGGCCUGGGUGCUCCUGGGGGGGCUGCUCCCCAGAGACCCCCCUGACUGGCUGGGGGGGGCCAGGGGAAGGGGCAUUUGCAUGAUGUGAAAAUAUAAUUUUUUUCUUCUCCCAGGGUGGGGGGGGGCACAGUCACGGGGGGGGCAUUGCCCCUCUGAGCUGUUCUAGCCCAGGCCCUUAGUGCUGGGGGGGGGGAAUAGCACAUCCGCUGCUGCUCCCCAAUGCCCUGGCACAGCCCCCCCACCCCCGGCCAGGGGUAUUUAUUUUAGUGCAAGAGGAACCGCACGGGGGGGGCAGUGCCCCUCAUGGAAACUGUUUGAUGUGGGUGUUUAUUUUCUGUUGUUCCUGGUUCAAUAAAGGGGUGGGGGGAGUGGGGGGGGCAGGAGCAGCGGCCAGCCCGUGGGUCCUCCCCCCCCGGCUACCCCCCCUUCCCUUGUGUUCAUGGUGUCGUUCUGGUGCUGCCGUCUGCAAUGUGCUUGGAUUGUUCUGUGCAUUAAAACAUGGUCAGUGGCCCAGCCUCGGCGUGUU